UGAACAAUUACUUUACUCCAUUGUCCCUUCGAUCUCUCGUGGUCCCCUCGAGCGUUAGCAGCUAGUGACCUUUCCCACGCACUUAGCCGUGACUUGUUGGUGUCAAUCUAACUCGUUGAUCCAAUCGCAUGGCUGGCUCGCUAGCUGCAGAGAUGGCGUCGCUCAACGUCGCCAGCGCAAAUGCCGCGGUUCGUUUGGGGUCGCGUCAGUCGAUCCGCGGAGCGAGAGUGCAGGGGGUGCAGAACGGGUGCAAGGUGGCCAUGACGGCCACUGCUGCUCGCCCGUCCGCGUCGGCCGACGUGAAGAAGCACAAGGCGGUGUCGGGGCAGCGCGCGCACACCAUCAGCCCGGAGGCCCUGGAGCUCGUGCAGUCGCUCGAGGGGUGGGCGGAGGAGACGCUGCUGCCGCUGCUCAAGCCCGUCGAGUCCGCGUGGCAGCCGUCCGACUUCCUCCCGUCGCCCGAGAAGGACAGCUUCCUCGACGAGGUUAGAGAGCUGCGCGAGCGGGCGAAGGAGUUACCCGACGAGUACUUCGUGUCGCUGGUGGGCGAUAUGAUCACGGAGGAGGCGCUGCCAACGUACCAGACGAUGCUCAACACGCUGGACGGCACACGCGACGAGACGGGCGCGAGUCCCACGCCGUGGGGCGUGUGGACGCGGCAGUGGACGGCGGAGGAGAACCGCCACGGCGACCUGCUCAACCGCUACCUCUACCUCACGGGCCGCGUCAACAUGCGCGCUGUCGAGAAGACCAUCCAAUAUUUGAUUGGAUCCGGCAUGGACCCCAAGACGGAGAACAACCCUUACCUGGGCUUCCUGUACACGUCGUUCCAGGAGCGCGCGACGGCCAUCUCGCACGGCAACACGGCGCGGCACGCCGUGUUCAAGGGCGAGAAGAACCUGGGGCGCAUCUGCGGGCUCAUCGCGGCGGACGAGAAGCGCCACGAGCGCGCGUACCAGGCCAUCGUGGGCAAGCUGUACGAGCUGGACCCCAACGGCGCCAUGCUCGCCUUCGAAGACAUGAUGAAGAAGCAGAUCGUGAUGCCGGCUCACCUGAUGUACGAUGGCGAGAACGACCACCUGUUUGACGCGUUCACCAUGGUGGCGCAGCGCACAGGCGUGUACACGGCCAGUGACUACGCCAGCAUCAUCGAGCACCUCAUCGCCAGAUGGGACGUCGAGAAGGUCGAGGGGCUCAACGCCGACGGGCGCAGGGCGCAGGAGUAUGUGUGCAAGUUGCCGCCGCGCAUCCGCAAGCUGGCGGAACGGGCAGCGGACAAGCUGAAGAAGGGGGGGCCGCGGUCAGGCAAGAUUAGCUGGGUGUUCAACCGGGAGGUGGUGCUGGUGUAAGCACCCUCCCUACCAUUCGCAUCUUCAAGGGCUUAGAGGCUUUUCUGUGCAGGAAAGACAUUUAGGCCCUUCUGCCUAGCUACUUAUGGCUUUGCUUUGGGUUAGUCCAGGGCUGUAGGAGGUGGGUCCUUAGCAGCCCUCCUGGAUUUAGGCUUGUCUUCUGAACUUGUAAACAUCUGUGAUUAUUUCAAACCCCAGUGAGCACUUGGUCUAAACCAUUUUGUGUGUGGUGAUCCUUGAUCCUCGACCUUUUG